CAUUAAACUACUUAUUUUCUACUAUAAUAAGUUUAAUUCAAUGUAGGAGUGUUUAUAAUUUAGGUCAUUUCUGUCGAAAUUAUUGUGAAUACACCCGUAAGAUUUUUUAAGAAUCUAUAGAUGUAACCCUAAUGGAUGAUGGCAAUCAACUCAUUCGAAAAACCGAGUGAAAAAAUUGGACCAGCAAUAGUGAAGUCAUUCUGUUCAAAAGUUUCUAAUCAAAAUUCAAGGUGCUUAUCACUAAUUGACUACUCGGCGGAUCAUAGCAUUUCGAGUAGUAAGAGUAAAUGUGAUAAAUUCAAGAAAAAGAAGAACACAUCUCUUUACCUUACUGAAGACAGAAUUGAAAUGCUCUCAAAGAUUACCGAGAAGAGACUCGUGCAUACGAAAACCACCGAUUUAAUUUCCUCUUAUCCUUUGGCUGUUAAAAUCUAUAAAGCUAGCUCCGAUGAGUUUAAGGCUUUGAAAAAAAGAAAAAAAGCAAAGAAAUCCGUUUUGACGCUACCAAAUGAGCAAGCUCCGUUGCCUCAAUUGUGUAUGGUUAGCGAUAUGAAUGAUUCAGAAUAUUACGAUGAAAUCAAAGAUAAAAAAAAUUCAAAACCCAAAGAAAGAACAAUUCAGGCUAACAGAAAGCUUCGUUUAAACAAGGCAAAACUAACAUUUGAUAGAGAUGCAGAAUACUGCUCGCGACUUAACAUUGAUAUGGAUAAUAGUUCAACGGAUAUGAUAAAUCAAUUUACUGGUGAUGGGAAAAAAUCUGUGAAACGUCGAAACAUACUAAAGAAAUCUGAUGUUAACACGCAUGAUGUCUGGAACAUGCUUAGGAAUAUGAAUCGUUUCCAAUUUAGGCCAUCGCCUCCCUUCUCUGAGAAUAGUAUUACCUCAACGAAGAAAAGGAAUGCUAAAAUUAAACUUAGAAAUAACAAAAUGGACACGAAGUUUAUUGAAACUUGUACAACCGAAGAAUUUACUUUUUUUUCCAAUUCAGUUGAUAAAUCUGAUCACAAUUCGAAAUCGAGCAUAGAUCGUAUUACAGUUAUUGAUAAGAAGGAUGCAUAUAAAGAAAUCCAAGAAGAACUUAAGGUUGUAAAAAAUAAAAUUCCAACCAAUCUAAGAAAAUACAAAAAAAAUAAAAAAUAUCAAUCAAAUGUAAUAUCAAGACUAAGCAGUGCCAAAGUUAAAUGUGACGGGGAGAAUGUGGGAACAUUUUACCAGAACGAGGUUAAUCUAAAGCCCGUAUUGCCUAAUAGUCUCCAAGAUGAAGUGCAAAGUCAAGAAAACAAACUUAUGCUCACAUACGACGUUUGUAAUAAUCUCAACUUGGGAUGCAUUCAUAACUGCCUGUAUUGUCACGCUAACGAAAUCGAUAAACAAUUUAAUGGCAGUGAUGAUUUUAAUCAUCUUUAUGGAAAUUCAGAUUCUAGCAAAGGAGAUAUAAUAAAAAGACUAAGUGGCGCGACACCUCUGUUAGAUGAUCAAAGUAAAGCAAACAAAUUGAGUACCUGUGUCUCAAAAGGCCAGAUACAUGGUAUAACAAAAGUUGUUUUAAGUAAAGGACAAGAUAUUGUGUUAACUAAAAAAGUCAAUCUUCCAAAGAGAAAACUACGCUUAGUGACUACAAUGCCGAGUGCUGUAUUAUAUCCUAAAUUAACUCAAGCUGAUAUUAAACGGCGGUUAGCUAAUAUCAAAUUCCCCUUAGUUAUAUUGUCAAAAGAUCAACUUACCUCUACCCCAUUUCAAGUACCGGCAAACCACGAACCACCGCACUUGGCAGGAUUAAAUGAGCAUAUCUGGCCUUUUAUGCAAAGUUGGCAAAAGAGAGUUAUAGCAAAUCCUAGUACAAAAUAUAGUGGUAAUUAUGCUGAAAAAACUACCCAAGGCAUUAAAGGCGAUUGUAUUGGGGAGAAGAUGAAACUCAACAACGGAACUAACUCUCUUGCAUUUAGAGCCAGAAAUACAGUUCACCCAAUUCCUCUUGAUAAUGUCAAGAAUAUUAAUAUUAAAGCUCCAAAGAUUAAACCAAUGCGCCAGCUAAAAGAAAGAAUGCUACAAUUUUUACACAAGAGAUACUCUUUUGUAGGGGAUAAUAAGAAAUACUUACCACAGGAAACUACUAAUCGAAAAGAACAUUUUUCUAAUAAUCUUGCCGAUGUUGGUACUAAUACAAAAAUUAAUUUCAUUGUUUCAAAAGAUCGAGACAAAAUUAUAUGUAAGAAAGAAGAGAAGAUGCUGAAUUAUACCUCAUCUCAAAUGAAACAGCCAUGGGCGAAGGGCAGGUGGGCUAGUGAGUUUAUUGAUAAUGUUAUCAAGAAAAUCAAGAACGGUGUUUAUUAUAACCAAGAUGAAAAAGGAGUUUUCAGAAACCAGUAUUGCACUACAAAAGAAGAUUCAGUUCAAACGGAAAUCCAUUUCACCCAACAAGAUUAUUGUAAAAAUUGUGCUCAGAAAUCCCAGCCAUUAAUUGACGAAGAAGAUAAAACAUACGACCUCUUUCAAUCCAUUCCAGGUUUUGAUGAAAAUCCUUCAGAUUUGCAAAUUGAAACGAUUAACAAGAAUCAAGUUGCAAUUAAGCAUUGCGUCACCAAUAUUGUUGUGCAGUUCGAUGUUGCUAUACCGUCGGAAAUAAAUACGGAGCUUCUCAUCAAUCAAUCUAUUUCCUUUGUACCAGUAUCAGUGACUCAAAAUCAUACAAAGAUAUUUAAGUCGAAUACAAUAAUUAUAAAUGCUAUGCUGCCGGCAGAACUCUGCAGUAUUUUGCCAAAUACGAUGAGAAGAAUAAUUGACAGUAAAUUAGUCUUACCAAAAAUUUUUGAUAAAGUUGAGAACCAAUUAACUUCUAUAGCUGAAAUAUUUCCUUGUAAAAGCGGCAAUUCAUUAGAACGUUUGACUCCAGUUUUUAAAGGGGUAUCCCUAGAUUUGAAAAUUAUUGGUAAAGGGAAAUUUUUAAAUAGUAAAACGAUAAUCCCUUAUAAGACAUUUGAUAUAGCAAAAAUAAAGAAUCUUUCUUUCGAAGAAUUUUAUUUUCAGAAAAAAUCUAACCUUUUGCCCCCUUUACUAACAAAUCGAUUAUUAAUGUGUCAAAUAGGCCCGAUGGCUUAUAAACUAAUAAGUUUGAAAUCACAUCGACCUCAAAAAUUAUUACCAGAACUCGAUUUCAAGAGAGCACAUCAAAAGAUAUCAUCGAUUAUGGUACUACAACCAUAUGUAUUAUCUAAUAAACAAGUGGUCUCUGCUUGUAAGUUUAAAAUGAUUGACAUGGUGGUAUCUGUAAUACUAAGCAAUCGUAGCUUUAAUAUUCAACUAAACAUGCUACAUAUAAAUCCACUUUAUAACGUAAGUUACAAAAAUGUACAUACUAUAAGCAUGAGAGUUAAAAAUGAGGAGAAUAAAGUUACUUCGAUCAUAUCCAAUAUAACGGUCAAUUCUGAUCACAACUGUUUUCAAGAACGUUUGGAAGAUGUCAAGAACCUUUCCAAUAUUGUAAAAUCAAAUACAAUUAAUAAAUAUACAGAUCGCUCACAUAGAAAUAAAUUUGAAAAUCGUAAAAGCGGCAUUGAGUUAUAUGUUUCUAAUAAUAGAAAUAAGAAAACGACUUUUGUAAGAUUAUACAAAAAAUGUAAAUCUAUGUCAAACAUCUGUAAUGAAAGAUCAGGCACUGCGCUAAGAAAAAUAGCAAAUUUAGAUGAUUUUUUCUUAGCUUUAGGUGCAACCAAGGCUUUGGCUAAUGUAACCGAUGGAAUAAUCGAGAGAAAGAUUUUGACAGCAGUAAAAGAGGUCAAAAACUGGAUAAAUGAGAUAACGCCAAGACAAGCUCUGCUCAUUUUACUUUUAGCUAAUAAAAAGGAUACAUCGAAUUUAUUGCGGUAUCGCUUGGUUAUACUUCAAGGGAUUGCUGUAAAAAGGAUCACGCGUGCUUCGGAACUAGAUAUGGAAAUAGAAGUUAUCGAGAGAGAAAAAUUAAAUACAUUUUCACCGUAUGAAGGAAUUUCUUAUUUACCGGCAUCCGUUGAAAAUCAGGACAGUCUCUUAGAAGAAUUGUACUGGAUUGCUAAAACAACCGCUUCAGAUUAUCAAAAGCCCUUCGAUGAAUCCUCUGAAAGAUUGUUAAAAUCACUUUUGGAGAAGAGGAAAAAGUUGAACCCGUCCUAUCUUCGCGUAAUGGCCCGCUAUGUCGGUCUUGGUUUGCUGAAAUCGCCGAAUUGAAAAAGAUUUUCCAAAAUUUAAAUUAUUGUAAUGGUGAUUUAUUAACCUACAUUUCAUCGUUUGUAUUGUUUUUUUUUAAAUUAAAUCAUUUAUUGAUUUCA